AAGUUAGAUAAACUAUUAAAUUACAAUUAAUACGUGGAAGAAAUGUAUAUUUUAAAUUAUGAUUUCAAUGGAGAUUAGGAAUACACUUGCGUUAUCCGCAUCAAUUUGUACUGUUUUACAGUUUCUGGCUGGCGUAUUAGUGUGUAAAAAAUAUAUUAGAAAUGGUUCAACUGGAGAUAGCUCGGGAUUGGCAUUUGUGACAUGUUUUAUGUCUUGUAGUUUGUGGCUAAGAUAUGGAAUACUUACUGGAGAUUUGUUUAUUAUAUUUGUAAAUAUAUUUGGGACAAUAUUACAAAUAUGUUAUAUAUUAAUUUAUAUCUUAUAUAACGUAAAAAGAUCAACUACUAUUAAGCAGUUUACAUUAGCGAUUUGUUUGAUUUCGCUUGUAUAUCUGUACAGUAUUUUCCAAAAAAACAGAAUUUUGGCUGAGAAACACAUAGGAUUUCUUAGUUGCAGCUUGACCAUAUUAUUCUUUGCGUCACCAUUAAUAACACUUGCACAUGUGAUUAGAAUGAAAAGCACAGACAGUUUACCAUUUCCAGUCAUAAUGUCCUCUAUGGUAGUCUCUUGCCAAUGGUUUGCGUAUGGAUGUCUGCUCAGUGAUCAAUUUAUACAAAUACCAAAUUUUAUGGGUUGUAUUUUAUCAGCUUUUCAACUUUCUUUGUUUUUGAUUUACCCAAGUAAACGAACAGAUCAAGCUUACUUCAUAUGAAAACAUUAAUUAUAUCUUUUCUUCUGUAAUUAGAUU